AUGUCCUCUGCUCAUGAUGCCACCACCAAGAUCUCCAUUGACAAGUUCGACGGCGACAACUACGCGACGUGGAGCCGCUACAUGCGUGGCGUGUUCCUGACCAAGUCGGCGUGGCACGUGGUGAACCGGGAUACCACCCCCACCUUCGCCGAUCCUCGCGCCAGUGACGACUACGUCAAGACGAACAACAUUGCGUUCGGCUUGAUGCUGAUGAACUUUAGACUUCUUGGUCCGAGUGCAAAACGCAAAGUGAAUAUAUAUUUGUAA